AGGCGCGGCGGGCCGCGCCGCUCCCUCCCUCCCUCCCGGCGGCCGGGGCGCCACUGACAGACCGCGGAGCGGAGCGGUGCGAGCGUCCAGCGCCUCCGGGACCCCCCGGGCCCCCUCCUCCGCGCCCCGCCCCGCCGCACCGGUGAAUGGGAGAGGCGGGCGGCGCCGGCCCAGCGGAGCAGAGCGAAGCGGCGGCUCGGAUGGAUUGAAUCUUCUGUGUUGAAUGCCUCUGGAUUUCCUAUUGGAUUUCACAUCUGGAAAACUAUUUUUGAUUUAAGCCACUCGGUGGCAGACUGAAUUGUGGAUCCAGGGCUCCUUAGAUUUUCCAUCUUGAGGAGGCAGCCACUGCUGAAUCACGUUAACCUGACAUUGCAGCCACCAUGGUGCUGUCACAAAGGCAACGAGAUGAACUAAAUCGAGCGAUAGCAGAUUACCUUCGUUCUAAUGGCUAUGAAGAGGCAUAUUCGGUUUUUAAAAAGGAAGCUGAGUUAGAUGUGAAUGAAGAGUUAGAUAAGAAGUAUGCUGGACUUCUGGAAAAAAAAUGGACAUCUGUUAUAAGAUUACAAAAGAAGGUAAUGGAAUUAGAGUCAAAGCUGAAUGAAGCUAAGGAAGAAUUUACAUCAGGUGGACCUCUUGGUCAGAAACGAGACCCUAAAGAGUGGAUUCCUCGUCCUCCAGAGAAGUAUGCGUUGAGUGGACAUAGGAGUCCUGUCACUCGAGUGAUUUUCCAUCCAGUUUUCAGUGUUAUGGUUUCUGCUUCAGAGGAUGCCACAAUAAAGGUGUGGGAUUAUGAGACAGGAGACUUUGAACGAACCCUUAAGGGGCAUACAGACUCUGUGCAAGAUAUUUCCUUUGACCACACUGGCAAACUAUUGGCCUCCUGUUCUGCUGAUAUGACCAUUAAGCUAUGGGAUUUCCAGGGCUUUGAGUGCAUCAGAACUAUGCAUGGUCAUGAUCAUAAUGUUUCUUCAGUAGCCAUCAUGCCCAAUGGAGAUCAUAUAGUUUCUGCCUCAAGGGAUAAAACUAUCAAAAUGUGGGAAGUCCAAACAGGUUACUGUGUGAAGACUUUCACAGGUCACAGAGAAUGGGUGCGCAUGGUGCGACCUAACCAGGAUGGCACCUUAAUUGCCAGUUGUUCUAAUGACCAGACAGUGCGUGUUUGGGUGGUAGCAACAAAGGAAUGCAAAGCUGAGCUCCGAGAACACGAGCACGUGGUAGAAUGCAUUUCCUGGGCUCCCGAGAGCUCAUACUCCACCAUAUCAGAAGCUACAGGAUCAGAGACUAAGAAGAGCGGCAAGCCUGGGCCUUUUCUGCUGUCUGGAUCCAGAGACAAGACCAUUAAGAUGUGGGACAUCAGCACUGGCAUGUGCCUUAUGACACUUGUGGGCCAUGAUAACUGGGUACGUGGCGUUCUGUUCCAUUCUGGGGGAAAAUUUAUUUUGAGCUGUGCUGAUGACAAGACUCUACGUGUCUGGGACUUCAAGAACAAACGAUGCAUGAAAACCCUCAAUGCGCACGAACACUUUGUUACCUCUUUGGAUUUCCACAAGACGGCACCGUAUGUGGUUACUGGAAGUGUAGAUCAAACAGUAAAAGUGUGGGAGUGCCGUUGAUUGAAUUCACAUUUGACCCCUUUUUCCUCUGGAUGCACUCAGAUACCAUGGUUACCCAUUGAGCUCUGUUUAAAUAAAUAUUGUCCUUUCAUGUAAAUUAUUCUGGAUGUAGAUUGAGCUUAUUAAAUGUUACACACAAAGUAUUCAUGCAUGGUGAAUCCAAAUUGUAUACUGUAAAUUUACAUACGUUGUCUAGAAGUACCAUAGGUUUAAGAACAUGGGCUGGCAUUGGUCACAUCAGACCUAAGAAGGCAGAAGUUGGAUAAUUGAAAUAGGGCACUUAACUGAAUAGUUGACAGUGUCGUUCUAUGUCGGAUAAUUAUACCUGUUUUUCUUUCUGCUGUCUGUUGGUGCCUGAAUUGGUGACCUCAUUUGGGAAAAGUUUUGUAGGGCUCUUUCAGAAAUGUGUAUCUAUGUAACAUCACUUAAGUGUGCUUAAUAAAUCUUCUCUAAAUACUAGAUAAUAAGGCUGCAAUUCAGAAUCUUCUGAACCUUAUGUGUAAUUAAUGGAAAUUAAUUAAACUCUGGAAUAUUUGUCAUGAAACAUUUGCCAAAUCAACAGAAUACACUUGUUUUGGCCUCCUAUCACGCAGGGGUUGGUAUAUUUAUAUAACUAACUGUAAACCUGAAGUAAGACAACAAAUCUUAGUAGCAGCUGAUGUGAUAAAUGUAUUUAUUUUUUAUUUGGUCAUUCAAUGGUUAAGCUGUGCUGUUAAACUAAGUUUAAAUGGUUUUUUUGUUUGGUUUUUUAUUUUAUGCUAGACAAACUUCCAGGAGGAGUUGUCCAUCCCACUAGAACUUAGUGAUCUAAUUUCCACUAGAGCUUAAUCUCCCAAAUGACUGCCAUGGUACAACUUGCUGUUUGCUUUCGAUGUUUGUUAGAGAUGUGCAAUUCCUAUUACGCAACAGUAUCGAAGUCCACUUCCCUCGUACUCACUCGCAGGAGGUUGGGGUAUACAAAGGUUUCUUGGUUUCUUUAGUGCCUCCUUGGAAACCCUUUGGAAAAUGAGGUUAUACUUACCUUGACAAGACAAUGUGGCUUGAAUAAAAAUGUCCUGUGGUUUGCAGAUUGAGAAAUAGCUUGGGAUACAGGAUUUAAAUGCUUUAAAGAAAGCACUAAAUACCUUGAGAAUCAGAUUGUAAUGGCAGAUACAGAUUGAUACAGGCUUCUAAAAGCAAAACAAAACACCAUCAACAAAACAAAGUCCGUCUCUGGGAAUGAUGCUAUUGAAUAAACAUUUAAAACCAAAUCCUAUCGGCAAAGCUAGCCCAGCUUGGUUAUUAGUAUUUAUGUUGUUUGGUGUAUACAAUUUUUAAUUCGCAUAUCCUGAAAGUUACCUAUUUUGAUCCAAGUGAAUGGGAAUAUUCCAAAUUAAUAUUUUAAUCAGCAUUUUUGUGACAAAUUCCGUUGUAGAUAACUACAAAUUACAAUACUUAUCAAACUAACCAGGUCUUUUUAAAAAUUCACUUUAAAAUUUACAGUAUGAUGAAGUACCAGUCUGAUGUUUUAACAGGUGCAUUUGUGCUUUAUUUUAUUCAUUUCGUUUAAUACAUGGCUUUUAAAACUGUCCCUUUUAAAAAUACGAGUCCUUGACCCCCACGGGGCUGGCUGGAGGGUGCACGCACUGAAGGGGGAGGGUGCGGCGGUGGCUCCUGCAGCCCCCGGGGAGGGUCCCUGCUGGAGCUGGGUGUCACGCUGGGUCCUCUGGGACGGGGUGGGGGAGACGGAGCUCUGAGGUGGGGACUUCGGGGAGCCAGGUUCAGAUUCAGGCUAAUCUCUUAAAUCCAGUGGUUGAUGUCAUUUUCAGUGUGUGUUUCUGCAGUUAAGCAUGCACAAAUAAAGUAUUUUUUUUGUUUGUUAGCUGCUUGGACUGGAAAAAUUUGCUGCUCUUUGUCCUAUUUGAGAAUUCCAGAUACACAAGUAGUGCAUCUUAAAAUUCCUCAGUGCAUCUGCAACUGUAAAGUAAUACGGCUGUUUAAUUCCUGGUAGGACCUAUAAACUCUAUUUAAGUAUAAAGUAAGCCACACUUGUGUACAUAAUUCAUAAACCUGAAUGAGAAAUUAAAGGUACCUAUGAAGUGGAAGUUGUCUACUGCAUUUUUUCCCACUACUGACCUGACUCAAGUGUGUAAGCAGCAUUUAAUGGCUUUGGCAAGCACCCCGCUAAGUACUUCUGCAGCGUGAUGUGCCACCCUCUCCUCUGGGGAGCAGUGAAUAAUCUCAGGGAUGGUCCUGAAGGGAUCAAAAGUGAAAGCCCUGUUUAGACAAAAAAGCGAAAGCUGCAGCACAGGAGUGUGUGAGGGUUCCCGCAGCGUGGCUCCGUGGUGCCACGCUGUGCUGAGCUGCUGCCGCUUGCUGUGGUGUUUCUGUCACCUCAUCCUGUGCCUUUCCUGUGACAAGAAGUACGAUAACGAGGUUACUGGUUUGGAUUACAAAAUACAUUCAUUAGAGGGUUUAAGAGGUUCACUGCUGCUUUGUCAUUCUCCUUUCUAAAAUUGUCAUUGCUUAAAAAAAGUAAUAUUUAUAUUUAGACUGUGUUACCAAAUAGACAAUACAGACUUUUUGGCUUAAAACCAGACAGACAUUCCAGUGCCACACUAAUGUCACGUGCCCAGGAAGUCUUAGAUGCAUUCGAGAAAGUGCAACAUUUAUUGUGGUUUAGAUGUAAUCUGGAAGUUGAUGUUCUGUAGCAUCUUGCACUUUAGAAGAUUUAAAAAAACCGUCCUGCUUUUGUGUAUGGUGUGACCAAUGAUGUGCCCGGGGCACUAAUGAAAAAGAAAAAAGCCUCUAGUUGUUAGGGAGUUGGGGGGGCUGUGGGGCACGGCCGUGUCCCAGCGCUUGGGCUGCGGCUCCCCCAGCCCCGGCUGCUCCCCCCGCAGUACCUGCUUCUCCUCCGCCGCCUCCUUCUGUGUGACCUGCCUGGUAAUAGCACUCUUAAAUAGCUUUUGACUCGCAUGAAAGCUAUUUAAAAGAAAAAAAAGAUUAUACUUUUGUUUUUGUAGACAGUGGUGGCUUGAUAAUCCUUUUAAUGAUUUGAAUAUUGAAAAAAAAAUACUGAGUUGAGUGAAGGAAAAGCGCACUUAGAAUGAGUUAUUUGCUGUCCAGUUGUACAUAAAGUCCAGUGUAUUUAAGAAGUGGAUACCAAGAACCUUCUAGCUGAGCAUGUGCAUAAAAUGGUCGGGAUGAGCGGUAGGAGCCGGGAAGGUGGAGUUGGAUUUACAAGUCACAACUGGAUUUAACUGGCCUUUUUAUCUUUCCACUGUGUCAUGUAAGUAGCUGCUUUCUUGUCCUCCCUGCCCCUCAGGCGUCCCCACCUUCCUUCUGAAGAGAAGUUAGCAAAAUCGGCAAGUUUAGAAGUUGAUCCUGACAUUGACAUGAAGGCAAACGUCAAAUUUUUUCGUAAGAGCGAUGUUAGAGGUUGCAAUUGGAGAAAACAGUUCCCAGACUGUAGGAGUUAACUGAAGCUAUUGACACAAUUUAAUUAAAAAAAAAAAAAUCAGUAAAGGAAUGUAUAUAAUACUGCUCUGUGUUUUACAGUAAGAUUUGUUGCUCUCAGACUGUGUAAAACAAAAUUUAUUCAUGUUUUCUGCAUAUUAAAAAAAUCUUAUUGUACCAAUUGGUAAACUAUUAAAUGCAUAUAAAACUA